AUGCCACCUCAGGCGCAGAGAAGGCGGCAGGCGGGAAAUGACAGCCAGGACGAAGAAGACCCCCGCCGCCGCCAGCCGAGGCGCCAACAAGAUUCCGACGAGGAGGAAGACGACGAACAAGACGACAACGGCGACGUCGACAUGGCCGGAGCAGGCGACGAAGCGCAGAUGGUCAAGAAGCUGGUCCGGUACACCCUAGCAUGCGAAUACGCAAGAAUCCCGAUCAGGAGAGACGGCAUCAGAGAAAAGGUGCUGGGGAGCAAUGCCAGAUCCUUCAAGAGAGUCUUUGACGGCGCCCAGCUCCAGUUGCGCCAAGUCUUCGGCAUGGAGAUGUCAGAGCUGCCUGUCAAGGAGAAACGCACGCUGAAGGAGAAGCAGAAGGCAAGCGCAACACAGAGAAGAGCCGCCGCUCAAGGCACAACCUCCUCCAAAACGUACAUCCUCGUAUCCAUCCUCCCUUCUGCCUACAACUCCCCUGCCAUCAAAGCACCCUCGCGAGUUCCCAGCUCGACCGAAGAAGCAGAGUAUAUAGGUUUCUACACCUUCGUUAUAGCGCUCAUUUGCUUGAACGGCGGCGAGCUCAGCAAGAUCAAGCUCGAAGACUACCUCGACCGUAUGAACGCCAAGAAGAAUCUGCCGUUCGACACGACCGACAAUGUCCUCGCCAAGCUAGUCAAGCAAGGCUACCUUGACAGGGUUGUUGAGAAGACCGAUGGCGACGAUGAUACAAUCAAUUGGCACGUUGGAACGAGAGGCAAGGUCGAAGUUCCUCCCGAGACCAUCGCCGCCUUCAUCAAACAGGUUUGGCAGCGCGACAUACCGCAAGACCUGAACAGAAGAAUCAACAAGAGCCUCGGACUUCAAGGUGCUUCGGAGCUCCCCGAAGACGAGGCUGUCGGGGACGACGACGAGGAAGCGGAGUCGUGA